CAUUUCGUCUCUUUUAUUUGAGAGAGAGAGAGAUCACAUACAUAUCUCUAGAGAGAUAAAGCCUCUGUCUCCUUCUCUGGUUUUUUCUUUCACUUUCUCAACAAUUAUACAUACACAUUUGUGUCUAUUUAUCUGAGUGGCAACAUUCAAGUUGUUAGAAGAUGAAUAAGUGUUCACGAUUCGCAGAGCUGAUGAAACAUAAUUUGAAUUGAUUUUCUUGAUUUUCAAUCAUUCGAUUCGAUAUCCAGGAGAUUCUGAGAAGCAAGCAAAUCUCUAAUUUAUGUUAACAAAGAAUUCGUGACUCCGAUGUACUGCGCAGUAUCUUGUUGAUUUUCAAGGAGAUUUGAUAAAUUCUCAGAGGUGGGCAAAGAAAGGAGAUAAUAAUGGAGAAGCAUCAUCAGCAUAUUAAUAACAGCCUUAUAAAAAAUAAAGAGGCAUCAGGGCUUAUAUCAGAUCAAGAUCACAAUACGACGUCGUCUCAGUUUGUUUUACAGUGGGGUAAUCGCAAGAGAUUGCGUUGCAUGAAGGUUCAAGUGAAGGAGACAGAUUUGCAACAUAAUUUGGCUCCGGUGGGUCCCAAGAUCCGGGCUCGGGUCGAUCGGCGGGUCGUUAGGGCGGACCCCACUUCGGGUUUGAAUCAGAGUAACGGGCAUUUGAAUCUCCGGCCACGUCCGGCGUCUCCGGCGCAUCGGGUUCUCAGGAACUCUGAGAGUACAGGUAGCAUGAAGGGAGCACAGAGUAAUGGAGUUGGGCAGGAUAAGAAAGUGGUAGUAGGUAAUAGUCCUUCCAGGGCCACUGCUAACAGCAAUAGGAAUAAUAACACUUGCAAUAAUAUCAAUGAGGCUGCGGUGGGAGGUGGCGGGUCGUCGGAGAAGGGUGGAUCGUCGUCUGGCAGUGAGCCUGCUGCCGCGGUGAUCUGGCCUCCUAAGUUCGUGUUAGGGUUGACAAACAAGGAGAAGGAGGAGGAUUUCUUGGCGAUCAAAGGCUCAAAAUUGCCUCAUAGACCCAAGAAGCGCGCCAAGUUCAUUCAGCGUACCCUCAAUCUGGUGAGUCCUGGGACAUGGUUAUGCGAUCUGACACUGGAACGUUACGAGGUCAGGGAGAGGAAGGUGAAUAAGAAGAGACCGAGAGGGCUGAAAGCCAUGACAAACAUGGUGGAUUCGGAGUCGGAGUGAACAACAUUUACUCCUGUAACGAGUCUGUGUAUAGGUAGCAACAAUGUGAGCUGUGAAGACGGAUCUCGAAUCCUCAGAUGACAGAGUUCUCAAUUCUCAUCCCCUUGACAGUUCCAGAAAGUGAGAGAUGCAAGUAUGCGUAGAAUAAUAUGUUAGGUUUUAUGUCUUCGCUUCAUAGUAAAUCUGGAAGACUUCGUAGUUGUGGUUUUUACAAUUUUCUUUUCGUGAAUAAAAAUGAUGUUAUUAGUAGAAUUUUCCUUGGUAGACAUCUGUAAAUGUGUUCGUCUCGUGAAUAUGAAGUCUUUUUACACUGA